AUGGCGGAAUCACUUGCGGAUGCUAUGGAGCAGCUACGGAUAGCAGCCAGCAGUAUCGACCCGGUGACGAUACAAAGUCACCUUGAGGCGCCCCGCAACGACGACAACCGCAUGUCCGAUACCCCCAGACCACGCAAGAAAACGUCGAGAACGGGGACCGAAUUGCUCAAUGAGCUGGAGGACGAAUUUUUGACACCAUCGUCUAAAUUCAGCACGGCUUGGCUUGAUCAGUUACAAUCACGAUGGGACGCGCCUGCAGAUACAACAGAUUUGUUCGAGAUUGCGCCGACACAGACGAGAACGGUGACCCGAUUCACUCGGGAGGGGCUCGAAGGACGCGUGACUGGAUACCGCGAAGUCACGAUACCAGCUACAAGCGAAACGGCGAAGAACUCGACCUCUCUCCUUCGUCGACCAGCCGGUCGUGCAGACUUCGUUCGUGGCGCUGCGGGAUUUUUCCCCUUUGCGCCCGGGGGCUUGGACGCCGUGGAAGCUCUGGCGGAGAUGGAGGCAGAUGCUCAGGUCGAGCAGUCUCGGUCUGGUGGCAAAAAGGCAGGCUUGGACCGGAUCAUCAACUUUGGUGCCGAGGGUGGCCUUCUCACAAUUCCUCCUGGGUUUGAGAGGGGGCUGACCUUUGCCGAAAGCAAGUCCAAAGAAGCCGCGGAGGGUGACGAGGAAGUUGAAAAGGCUCUACAAGAGGAGAGUAGUGCACCGCCCGGCGAUUCCGAGACCAAGACAGAUCCCAACGGAGUUGCCGAUGGUGCUCAUGUGGAUGAAGCCAGUGACGACGACCAUGACGAGGAGGAUAUUGAUGAACUGUUGCCCGUUGAGUUCCCGGCCCUUGAGCCACGCAAUCAGCUUCUGGCCGGUCUUCAAAAGCAGAAGGGGAGAGAAUGGGCCCACGUCGUUGAUGUGAACAAGGAAAUUACCAACUUUAGUGAUUUGGUUCCGGACAUGGCUAGAGAAUGGCCAUUCGAGCUGGAUACCUUUCAAAAGGAGGCCGUGUAUCACUUGGAGAAUGGCGACUCGGUCUUUGUGGCUGCUCAUACGUCGGCUGGUAAGACGGUCGUUGCAGAGUACGCUAUUGCACUGGCCACGAAGCAUAUGACCAAGGCGAUCUACACUUCGCCAAUCAAAGCGCUCAGCAAUCAGAAGUACCGAGACUUCCGAAGCACCUUUGACGAUGUGGGUAUCCUGACUGGAGAUGUUCAAAUCAAUCCUGAGGCCAGCUGUGUGAUCAUGACUACGGAGAUUCUUCGCAGUAUGCUUUAUCGUGGAGCGGACCUGAUCCGUGACGUGGAGUUUGUCAUUUUCGACGAAGUGCACUAUGUCAACGACCUUGAGCGAGGAGUUGUGUGGGAAGAAGUUAUUAUUAUGCUUCCAGAACAUGUCACCCUCAUUCUUCUGUCAGCUACCGUGCCCAAUACCUACGAAUUCGCGUCGUGGGUUGGUCGAACAAAGAAGAAGGAUAUUUACGUGAUCUCGACCCCCAAGCGACCUGUGCCACUGGAACAUUAUCUGUGGGCUGGCAAAGAAAAAUUCAAAAUUGUCGACUCCAACAAGCGCUUCAUCGAAGGCGGCUGGAAGAAGGCAAAUGACGUCCUGUCAGGGAAGGAAGCUAGACUCAAGAAAGAAGCCGAGGCCCAGGCUCAGGCCCAGGCCCAACGUGGUGGCGCUCAGGGUCGAGGACGUGGCCGGGGACAGGACGCAGGUAGAGGUGCUGGCCGAGGCGGAGGGCCCCGUGGCGGUGGUGGUAGAGGGCAAGCCGGUGGGCGAGGGCAGCCUUCCAACCGUGGAACGGGUAACAUCGCUCGCACUGGGCGUGGAGGAGGCAGGCAAUCCGCCGCUCAGGACAAGAACACUUGGGUUCAUCUGGUAUCGCAUCUUCGUAAGGAGGAUCUGCUUCCAGGUUGUGUGUUCGUCUUCUCCAAGAAGCGAUGCGAGGAAAACGCGGAUUCCCUCAGCAACCAAGACUUUUGCAAUGCGACAGAGAAAAGUUUGAUCCAUAUGAUGAUCGAGAAGUCCCUGACUCGUCUCAAGCCAGAAGACCGAACUCUGCCCCAAAUUCUUCGGCUGCGCGAGCUACUCAGCCGCGGUGUCGCUGUUCACCAUGGAGGUCUGCUGCCCAUUAUGAAAGAAGUAGUUGAAAUUCUCUUUGCAAGGUCCCUGGUCAAGGUGCUCUUUGCGACAGAAACUUUUGCCAUGGGUCUGAACUUGCCUACUCGUACUGUUGUGUUCUCUGGUUUCCGCAAACACGACGGCAAGGGCUUCAGAGAUUUGCUCCCCGGAGAGUACACACAAAUGGCCGGACGUGCUGGCCGCCGAGGUCUCGACACUGUGGGUUAUGUGCUUAUAACCAACAGCGGCAGGGACGAGGCCCCUCCUGCCGGUGCUCUGAAGAAGAUGAUUUUGGGCGACCCGACGAAGCUUCGUUCUCAAUUCCGUCUAACCUACAACAUGAUUCUGAACCUACUUCGAGUGGAGGCUCUCAAGAUAGAAGAGAUGAUCAAGAGGAGUUUCAGCGAGAAUGCCACGCAAGCUUUGCUACCAGAGCACGAGAAGCAAGUCCAGCUGUCGGAGGCCAGCUUGGAAAAAAUCAAGCGGCCCCCGUGCGAGAUUUGUGAUGUGGAUCUCGCUGCCUGCCAUGCUGCGUCGAUGGAGUAUGAAAGACUCACGACAGAGCUUUACAGUGGCCUGCCAACAACCCCUGCAGGUAAACGGCUGUUCGAGGUCAAAAAAAUGGUCGUCUAUCGAAAGGACGGCAUUCGUACGGCAGGUGUUAUCACGAAAGAAGGCAUCACCACCGGUACUGUUCCUUGCAUUACUGUCCUCGAGAUUGGCACAGUCUACAACCGCCGCCAUCCCAGUGACGUGCUGCCAUUCCUUCCAAAGUUCCGACCUUACUUCCAAGCCCUUCCUUCGAACGGUGCAUCCAUGCAUCUGAAAAUCUGCAAGAUCCCUGUGACCGACGUGGAGUGUAUCACGACCACAAGAUGCAAGGCUGGCGGACCCAUCUGUGAGCGAUGGGACGAAAUCGACUGGGUACGCAUCAAGGAAUUGCAGUCACGAGAUAUCAUUGAUCAACGAAGAGCUCAAGCCGAGUUCAUUCAAUCGUGCCGCUGCAUGGAAUGCCCGAAAUUCAUUGAACAUUUCGAAAUGCAACAUGAUGAAUGGCAAGUCAAGGAGAAUAUCUCGCAAUUGAAGCAAUUGAUGUCGGAUCAAAAUCUCCAGCUUCUCCCUGAUUACGAACAGCGAAUUCAGGUUUUGCGCGAGCUCGGGUUCGUCGACGAGCAUUCUCGUGUGCAACUCAAGGGCAAGGUGGCCUGUGAAAUUCACUCCGCCGACGAGCUCGUAUUGACGGAGCUGGUUCUCGAGAACGUCCUGGCCGAGUACGAACCGGAAGAGAUUGUCGCGCUCUUGUCAGCAUUCGUAUUCCAGGAGAAGACCGAGAGCCAGCCCACCUUGACCCCCCGACUUCAGAAGGGCCAGGAGGCCAUCGUUCGCAUCGCAGAAAAGGUGAACAACUACCAAGUCCUGCACCAAGUCAUUCAAUCAAGCGAGGAUUCCAACGACUUUGCCAGCGAACCUCGCUUCGGUCUUGCUGAAGUGGUCUACGAGUGGGCCAAGGGAAUGUCCUUCAACCGGAUCACUGAUCUCACCGACGUGAUGGAGGGGACAAUUGUUCGAACCAUUACUCGCUUGGAUGAGACUUGUCGCGAGGUGAAGAAUGCAGCCAAGCUUGUUGGCGACCCGAACCUGUACACCAAGAUGCAGCAGGCACAGGAACUCAUCAAGCGCGACGUCAUCUUUGCGGCGUCCUUGUACAUGUAA